CAGCCUGUGGAGAAAGAGCCAUUGGCCGUGCACCAGCCAGACUGGGAGACACCAGACUCCAGCCAGCUACAAGGAGGCCCCGAAGAAGCAACUCUGGGCACCUCUGUGAAGUCCCCGGGCUAUGAGCAGUGAUGACUAAUGUGGUUUACUGACACCAGGUGAGGUUCUCUGCCUGCCAGAGGUGAGGGGUGGGGGUGGGGACAGGGAGUGGGAAGUGAGCCUAGCAUUGCUACAGGGUGUUCCUGCAUUGCUACAGGGUGUUCCUCUGACUCUCUGAGUUGGAUGUUGUUUCUCCGCCAGCAGUGUGGAGCCAAGAAGGCUAGAGCAGAAAAACUCCCUGGCCUCGGUCGAACGCCCGAGCACAGUCUUCGAUUGCGCCCCUAUCCUGGCCUCUCGGAGUCCAGGUAUGGCCGAACUGUGCCGCAUGGAUUCCACGCUGACUGCUCUGGAUGAGGAGAUGCUCUGGGAUAUGCUGGAGAGUCACCGAUGCAGGAUCGUGCAGAGCAUCUGUCCCAGCCGGCUCACCCCCUACCUGCGCCAGGCCAAGGUGCUGGGCCAGCUGGACGAGGAGGAGAUCCUCCACAGCUCCCGCUUCACCAACAGUGCCAUGAGAGUUGGGCACUUGCUGGAUCUGCUGAAGGCCCGAGGGAAGAAUGGAGCCAUCGCCUUCCUGGAAAGCCUGAAGUUCCACAACCCUGAUGUCUACACCCUGGUCACUGGGCUACAGUCUGACAUUGACUUCAGCACCUUCAGCGGUCUCAUGGAGACAUCCAAGCUGACCGAGUGUCUGGCCGGGGCCAUUAGCAGCCUGCAGGAGGAGCUGGCCCAGGAGAAGGCACAGAAGGAGGUUCUGCUCCGGAGAUGCCAGCAGCUGAAGGAACGCCUGGGCUUGGCUGAGGCCCACGCAGAGGGUCUGCGCCAGCUGGAGGUCGACCAUGGACGCAUGAAGCGUGAGGUCAGCACCCACUUCCACGAGGUCCUGAAGCUGAAGGACGAGAUGCUGAACCUGUCACUGCACUACAGCAACGCGCUUCGGGAGAAGGAGCUGGCCGCCACACGCUGCCACAGCCUGCAGGAGGAGCUCUACCUGGUGAAGCAGGAGCUCCAGCGGGCAAGCCUUGUAUCUUCGUGUGAAAGAGAAUCUCUAGAGAGGUCCCUGAAGAUGGCCAGCGACCUGGAGCCUGAAGGAGAGGAACUGAAUCGGCUUAAGGAAGAGAACGAGAAGCUCCGCUCGAUGACCUUCAGCCUGACAGGCUUUGAACUCAGGAUCCUCCUGUCUCAGUAUCCUGGCAUGAUAGACCUGCACCACCAGGUGGAGAAGGACAUUCUAGAACAGAGCCUGGAUGAGGCCCGGGAGAGCAAGCAAGAGCUGGUGGAUCGUAUCCACUCACUGCGGGAGAGAGCAGUGGCCGCGGAGAGGCAGCAGAAGCAGUACUGGGAGGAGAAGGAACAGACCCUACUCCAGUUCCGGAAGACCCAGGUGGACUGUGAACUCUACAAAGAGAAGAUGACCAUGCUUCAGGGCCAGGUGGCUGAGCUGCAGAAGGAACGUGACCAGGCGUACACAGCAAGGGACAGGGCCCAGAUGGAGAUUUCUCAGCGCCUGGUGGAGAAGGAUGCCCUUCGCAGGAGAGUGUUCGAGCUGACGGAGCAGGUCUGCGAGCUUCGUACCCAGCUGCGCCGGCUGCAGGCUGAGGCCCCAGGAGGACCCAAGCAGGAAGCUGGAAACAGGGAACUCUGCCUCCGGGGGAAGCAGCGGCUUGUGAGGAUGCAUGCUGUGUGCCCACCAGAUGACAGUGACUGCAGCUUCCUCAGCUCCACCGAGUCCCGGCUGUGGUGGGACCUGAAUUCCACAUCCAGCCGGGAGCAGACGGACAGCUUCCGCUCUAGCAGCCCCAUGCCUCCCAGCCAGCAGUCCCUCUACAAACGGGUGGCAGAGGAUUUUCUGGAAGACCCUGAGUCUCUAAGCCUCCCAGAAGUCCUCGAGGUGCGCCUUCAAGGGGCUACGCUGGACGACACAGACACAGACCUGGAGUUUGAGAUGUUAGACGGAGCCGACCUCUCUCAGACAGAGGACAGCCUGCAGGGGUCUUCCCGGAGCCUGAAUGUCUCAGAAAGCAGCGUCCCUGUGAGGCGGAGGCCAGCCCGCAAGAUCCUAAGCCAGGUCACAGUGCUGGCGUUCCAAGGGGACGCGUUGCUGGAGCAGAUCGGUGUCAUUGGCGGGAACCUCACAGGGAUCUUCAUUCACCGAGUCACCCCUGGCUCUGCAGCAGAUGAGAUGGCCCUGCGACCCGGUACCCAGAUCAUGAUGGUGGACUACAAACCUACCAAGCCAUCAUUAAGGGCCACUCUGGAGAAUACAACGCUGGAGCAGGCUGUGGGCCUUCUCCGGAGGGUGAAUGGUUCCUGCUACCUGUCUGUGAAGAUCAACACUGAAGGUUAUAAGAACCUCAUCCAGGACCUAGAUGCCAAAGUGGUAACGUCCGGGGAUUCGUUCUACAUCCGGGUCAACAUGGCCAUGCAGAGGAGAGGGGAGGGAGAGUUGCAUGCUCACUGCAAUGAUAUUCUGCAUGUCACCGACACCAUGUUCCAAGGCCGCAGUUGCUGGCAUGCCCAUCAUGUGAACCCCUACACCAUGAAAGACAUGGAGCCCGGCACCAUCCCUAACUAUUCACAGGCUCAGCAGCAGCUCCUGGCCCUCAUCCAGGACAUGACUCAACGGUGCACAGUCGCCCGCAAGGUCGGGCACCUUGUUCUCUUGGGACACAGAACACCUUUCACUCUGAGCACCCAUCUGUCCCUGAGCAAGCCUCCCGGAGGACCACAGAAGUUAGUGCGGAUUGUCAGCGUCGACAAAGCGGCCGUCAGUCCUCUGACUUCAUCCUUUGACCAAGGCCAGGAGGAUUCUGGCAAGGAGGAAGGUGGUCCCAGCGUGUGCUUCUGGCCAGAAAACUGCUUUACCCUGGCACCUUACACUCUGGUGCACCCCCAUAGGCCUGCGUGGCCCCGGCCUGUGCUGUUCGUGCCCAGAGUAAUUGGGAAGAUCCUGGGCAAAAAGCUGUGUCUCCUCCAAGGUUUUAAGCAGUGUUCAGCAGAGUACUUGAGCCAGGAGGAGUAUGUCACCUGGAGUCAGAGAGGGGACAUCAUCCAGGAGGGAGAGUCAAUAGGUGACCACCACUGUGUCACCCGGCAUGCCGUGCAGUCCCUCAUGAAUACGAGCACCCACGCCCUGCUGGAUGUCCGGCUGGACAGCGUCCGAGUCUUACACAGGAUGGACAUAUUUCCCAUCAUCAUCCACGUUUCUGUCAAUGAGAAGACGGCAAAGAAACUCAGGAAAGGCCUGCAUCGGCUUGGCAGCUCAGAGGAGCAGUUCCUGGAGGUGGCCCGGCAGGAAGAGGGGGAACUGGACAGAGUGCCCUGUCUGUACAGCAGCCUGGCCCCCGACAGCUGGAGUGAUCUGGACAGCCUGCUCAACUGUGUGCGUCUGGCCAUUGCGGAUGAGCAGAAGAAGGUGGUGUGGACAGAGGGCCCCUGCUGAAGCCCACACCUGGCCUGGGACUGUGGGGACCUCCAUGUGUCUCUUAAUGCCGUCAGCAAACAGCCCUACUUCCUUCUCUGGUCAGGGUCUGGCCUCAGGUGCUCACAGAAAUCAAGGCGAAAAUGAUGAAGCACCUUCCCACAGCACGGCCUGGGCUGAUGGAGGACCGGAGAAUAUUCGGCCAUGUGGGGGUGCUUCCUGAGACCUGCUCAGAGCCAGCACCCCAACCUCCUGUGGUAACAGGACCAGGUCGUGGGUCUGUCCCUCUUUUUAUGUUUCCGAUGUCAAGUGAACCCUGGAGGGUCACUGGAGCAAUCCUCCCCGCCCAGGGUGGGGCACUGACUGGAGCGCUGUGGGCGUGACUGACUCAGCUACCACAGACACCAGCAAAGGAAGCGGCUGUAGUGGACAGACUUGAGUGGCUCUUUGAUUCACCAGGUUGCUUUGGUCCAUAUCCUGGAGCCAAGUGACCAACCCUUUGUGAGCAAAGAACUCAUUCUUGAACUGACAUUAUCCCCUGGUCCUUCUCGGGAUGUAUCACGCCACACUUGGGUGAAGCCCCCACCCAGCCAUAAACUGAGUCAGUUGACAGACAGGGUGUUUGUGUCUCGGUGCCAGAGACCCAGUGUGUUCCUACGAUGUUCUGUGAACGAUUAUACUGUUGUAAAAAGGUUUUCCCAA